UCAAAUUCAUACUUUCUAUUUACUAAUAAUAAUAUAUUACUUAUUUUUGUUUAUAAGGAAAAGUGUUUGGUAGUUUUCGAAUGUGAAAUCGUAUAAUGAAUGUUAAUUCAUUUUUUAAUCAUACUACAAUUUGAAUCAGUUUCAACCAGUAUGGUUAAUUCCCUACACCUGAAACGAAGUGGAACUUAGCAGAUGUGAUACUUUAUCUUAGAAUGGAAACCACAAGUUUUGAAAUAUGUAUCUUUGAAUAGAAACCACACUUUUUAAAAUAUUUUUAGCUUUGAAUUCUGUUUAGUAUGCUGAAGGUAGUUUGCCAAGGUCAGCCAAUUGUGCUAGGUUAAUGCUUCAGAUAUGGUUACUACACUGCUUAUGUCCAUAAUUAUUUCGAAAUUUGGUAAAAAUGUUGGGUUUCAAGAAGUACGAAAAUAGCAAUAUAUAGCUGAAUAACAUUUUUGAUAAUCGGAUGUUUUUGUGCAAAUACAUUACAAUUUUUGAAGCUAUUUCACCAAUUAGGUGAUUGAAACUCAUCUACCAAUAUGUUUGGAAGGAGGAAUAAUUUGAAAUAUAAAGUGGUAGAAAAUGAAACUAUCUACGAAGAUGCAGACGAUUUUGAGCCUGUCAAAAAAGAUUCUACAUCCUACAGCUUUGCACAAACAUCUCUUUUCACUUUACUUCUUAUAGUUGUCUAUUAUAUUCCAUCUAUUGGUUUAACGUUUUAUCAGCAUUGGCUGUAUGAGACUAUUCACUUUCCAUUAACUACAGUUCUAAUUCACCUUGUUGUAAAAUUUGUAUUAGCUCUAUUUGUAAGGUUAUUUUUGGAGCGCAAGCAAGUAAAAAAAAGAAUUGUGUAUGGAUGGAAGGAUUAUGUGAUUUCUUUUGGACCACCUGGAAUUUCUAGUGGAAUAGAUGUAGGGUUUUCCAAUUAUGGUCUUGAACUGAUUACAAUUUCAUUGUACACUAUGACAAAAUCAACCACAAUUGUUUUUAUUCUUAUUUUCUGUAUAUUACUGAAGUUGGAGAAAAAAUCUUGGAGCCUCUUUAGUAUAGUUGUUAUGAUAUCUAUAGGUUUGAUGUUGUUCACUUACAAAUCUACUCAGUUCAACUUUCUUGGAUUUUUACUAACAUUGCUAGCUUCUGUUUGCUCAGGGAUUAGAUGGACUUUUGUUCAAUUGCUUAUGCAAAAACAAAAAAUGGGUGUACAGAAUCCAAUUGACAUGAUGUAUCAUAUGCAACCCUGGAUGAUUUUAUCAGUAUUGCCAUUUGCGAUUGCAAUAGAAGGGAAUAUGGUUAUUGUUAAUUGUCAGCUAUUUUUAUCUGAUGGUUACAACACAUUUCUAUAUGUUCUUUUCAAAAUCGUAGCAGGUGCGUUUGUUGCAUUUUUUAUGGAAAUUGGUGAAAUGUUACUAGUCACUUACACUUCAAGUCUGACCUUGUCUGUAGCAGGAAUUUUCAAAGAAGUAUUUGUUCUGGGUCUUGCAAUUUUAUGGAAUGGAGAUCAGCUAUCGCCUGUGAACUUAGCAGGCCUAUUUCUUUGCCUGUGUGGUAUUUCAAGCCACGUUAUCCACAAAUUGAGGGGGGAUGGUAAGAAGACUCCAACUCGUCGUUAUGUAGAGGAUUCGGAACAUCAAGAGCUAGACGGACUUGUUGAUAAAUUUUCAAACAAUGAUCUCACUAGCGAAAGUGAUGAGGAAAAGAGCGACAGUCAAGUAAUUUUUGACAUUCUGAAGAAUCGUGAUCGGUAGUGUUCCUAUGACGAACUGAUUUUUCAUAUGUGAAUGAUGUUGGAUUGCAGUAAAGUUUACAUUUUUUGUUGUUAAUAUUGUAUCUCCAGUUUGAUCUUCAGAAAAAUCUUUUCUUUUUGUUCGGUGAGUAUUAGAUCUCUAUACCUAAUCGCCAUGUUCCGGUGAUUACAACAAUGAAGAAUCAUUUAUUCUGCUUUUAUAUUAUCGUUUUGAAUGAAUAAGGUUUGUAACCCUUAGUUUCUGUGAUGUUUUCGAAGAUAGUAAAUAUAGUUUUCUAAUCUUUAUAUAAUGAAAACUAAUUGAAAGAUUGUAAAUCUUGAUAUUUAAUGAAACACUAAUCACAGUGGAGCUAUAAGAAAAUAGCCAUUAUUUGUACUGACUGAACCGCAAUAUCAUUUCUGUUAGAUGUUCUAGAUUUUGAUGAACUUUCAAUAUUCACAGUCGUAAGCUUUCACUACAAUAUUCAAAGGGUUUCUGAUCAUAGUAAUUAACAUGAAAAAAUUUCACUAGUAACUAUGAUGCACGUUUUCAGAGAUUUUAUGGUUAUAAAUUUCUCAAUUUCACUUGUGAAUUCUUACCCCUGAUGUCUCUGAGAUUCAUGUAAUGUCCCAGAAACCUUGAAUUACCAUGUAGUAAUAGUAGAAUUUAUUAUAUAAACUGCACAUUUCCAUUAUUUUUGUUAUGUAUAUUUUAGCACCUAUAUUUGUACUGAAUAUUCACUUAUAUGUGAAUUUAGCACUUUGUCAUGUUGUGAUUCAUUUUGAUGGAAAAUAUUGAUGAUUACUUCACUUUGAAGAGAAAAAUGGUUCGUAGUAUUAUUUGCUUAUUGGUUUUGAAAGGUGGCUCUGAAUUUGCAGAAAUCGGGAUAUCAAAGAAAAUUUUAAAAAUUAAUUUUUUUAGUCAAUUUGUUCAGCUGAAUUGUAAGAUAUAUGUCCAUUGUCCAUUUAUGUAUUAGUUUUAAAGUAUGCAAGUACCAGGUUUCUUAACCAAAAUGAGCCAUGAUGAUUUAUAAAUUUGCAAAUUAUUCCAUAAGUGCCAUACUGUUCUCCAAGAAUUGAACUAUUAUGAACUGUAGACUUUUAACUUUGAUUUUUUUAUGAAGUAUUGACAGAUUCAAAUAUGUCGAAAUGAGAAUAUUCAUUCUCAUAGUUUCUAAAAGAAAAAUAAUAUUUCUGUUUGUAAGAUCAUUCAUACAAACUGAAAUGAAAAUAUCUCCACUAGUGUCAUCAAUCUGUUACAGCAAUAAAUAAUUUAUGAUGUUAGUUUAUUCACUCAUGAAACAUGAUGUACGUAAUGUUAUUUUGAGUUGUUUCUACAUUCAAAUAUAUCCUGGUUUCACAGCAAGUUGUACGAAUUCAACAGAAUCAAUAUUAGACAGUUUUAACUUAUUCUAUAUUAUAUUAUGUGAAUUUUUGAGUUAUCGAACCGUACAGUUAUAUAAGUUAGCGAUUCUGGUAGAAUUCAGUGUUUCGAUUAUUAAGUGCAAUUUGAUUUAUCAAACAUUCCAAUUAUAUGUUUUGCAUAGUGCCAAUUUGGCUGUGUGUAUUCCAGUGAUGUCAAGUUUUGAUAUGUUCUUGUUUUGUUAUGUUUUCAGAUAAAUUCUUCACAGUGAAGGGUUUUGUUAUUUUUUUUUAUGAGAUUUAAAAAUAAUUUAUUGAAUUAUUGAUGUUUUCGUUAAUAAUUUUCACUAAUGUUCUUCGGCCUUGUUAUGAAGUUAUUUUUCAUUUGUAUAAUAUUGAAAUCCCGAGGUUGUGAACUUGCUAGUGCUAGAUUAAAAUCAAUAGAUAUCCAUCAGUUAAU